CUCGUGACACUCAGCCUGUUUCUUCAAAUUGUACUCGUCAUAUUCGGGAAUCGACGGAAGUAUAGCGGCAAGCGUUCAUACCAUGUAGCAAUGCUUGUUUGGUUAACGUACUUGUUGGCAGACUAUGUGGCAACCGUGGCGUUGAGUACCCUCCUUAAGAGCAGCAAGGAGGAAAUAACCAGUUCACUGGUUGCAUUUUGGGCGCCAUUCCUUCUCUUGCAUCUUGGUGGCCCUGAUACUAUCACUGCUUACUCCUUAGAAGACAACGCGCAGUGGAUGAGACACUUGUUCGGGUUAUGCGUCCAAGUUGGAGUGGCCUUCUAUGUCUACUUCAGGUUUUGGACCAAUUCUGCUCACACAUUUAUAGGAAUUCCAAUAUUCAUAGCCGGAAUAAACAAGUACGGAGAAAGGAAUUGGAUUUUGCGGUCUGCAAACUACGAACAGUUCAAGAAUUCCUUAUUUGCAACUCGUAAAGUAGAAAACAUUGAGGAAGAAGUUGGCCUUGGAAUGGAGGAAGAGGUCGAGCAGCUCAAGGACUAUUUAGUUCACAACCGGAUUCUUGAAAAAUAUAGAUAUCUUCAUCAAGCAUAUCUAUCAUUUCAGCUUUUCAAGCCCCUGUUUUCAGACCUCAAGUUGAGGGUAUACAAAGAGUUAAUGAGUUCCAUAUAUACAUUGCCAUGCACCAAUGAUCAGGAAAAUCUCAAACUGGUUGCCACUGAACUAGGAUUUUUGUACGAUGUCCUCUACACAAAGGUUCCCAUAAUGCUAUCUCCGGUGGGUGUAAUUCUACGAUGCAUCUGCUUUUCAUCUACCGUUUCAGCGUUGACCGCCUUCACGAUAUUUGUUUCUAAGUCGGGCUACCCGAAAGUUGACAUUGCCAUAGCCUAUUUGCUGCUCGUUGGAGCUAUCCUUCUGGAAUUUUAUUCUGCCGUUGUGCAUGUUCUCUCUGAGUGGACAAUGCUCUGGUUGACGAAAGGUGGAAACAAGUUUAGGUAUCAGGCAAUUGCAUCUAACUGGUUGCUCCAUAUUAAGAAGGGCAAGAAGGUAGGAAUGAAAUCGUUGGCACAACACAGCCUUUUGAGUUAUUGCACUAAGCUCAACAAAUCUAAAUCUAUGUUUAAAAAAAUAAUAAGGAUUUUUGACACUGAUGACACUUUGAUGAAAUUCAGGCAUACUACCUGGGAGAAUGUGGAUAGUUAUUUGACUGAAUUCAUCAGUGAUCACAUUGAAAUGAGGUUCAAUAAAUAUGCAGCAAUGGGGAACAAGAUCGAUGUACUCUCUUCCCUAUUGGGUGAAAGAGGAAAUAGCGGGAUUACUGGGACAGACCCUGAAUUAAAACUCAGUUGGACCAUAAACGAGGUUGAAUUCACACACAGUAUUCUUCUUUGGCACAUCGCUACCGAUAUUCUUUUCUAUCUUCAACGUCCUGGUAAUGUCGGUCCGUAUGGCCAGAUUAGCAAGCGCUUAUCUGAUUACAUGAUGUACCUCCUCUGUAUGCGUCCAUCUAUGCUUCCUGAAGGUAUAGGUCAGGUACGACACCGGGAAACCUGCAAGGAAGCAAUGAAUUUUUUACCAAGGGGUUUAACAAUCACUGAAGCUGCCAGAGUACUAUUUCUUAGUGAGAAUCUUGAUGACGAAUCUCGAUCGUUAUUUCUUGCGAUAGGAGGUCAAAGGAAGUCGGUGUUUUUUGAUGGAUGCGUGCUCUCCCGAAAAUUGGUAAUGUUGGUAAAGCAAUUUCGAUGGGAUGAAGAAGAAAAAUGGAAAAUGAUUGCUAGCGUGUGGGCGGACAUGCUGACUUAUGCUGCAUCGCACUGUGCAUGGAGAGAGCAUGCCAAGCAACUUAAGCAAAGUAAGGAGCUGCUCACUCACGUUGCCCUUCUCAUGGCACAUCUUGGUUUGAGUAGGCAUAUCGAAAUGGCUGAACUUUCGGAUGACCUUAAAAGCGAGCACCAUAAGCCCCCUUGGCGUUGGGAUAAGCUUCAUCAAUUGGCUUAUUACUUGGCUUAA